GCGUGGCCGUGCCGAGGGUCGGGAGAGCGCAUGUGCAGAGCCCAGGAUGGUGGCGCGCCCGAGACCCGGAAGGAAGCGGCGUCAUCCAGUCAGUCAGUGAGCGGAGGAGCGGAGCGCCGCCGUCAUGAGCCUGCCCGGGCCGGUGAGGGGCAGCGUCAGGGAGGGCAUGCCGGUGUCCAUCCCUCCUGGGGUGGGAAUGGUGGCCGGGCCGCGGUCUCUGCAUGUAGAGCUGCACACCCAGCAGCGGCGCCUUCGCCACCUGCGCAGCAUCGCAGCGCGGAACAUCGUCAGUAAGAACGGAUACCGCCUGCUGGACACCUACUUCACACUUCACCUGCUCGGGGGGGAGAAAGUUUACAAAGAAUUCUACAGGAGUGAGGUGGUGAAGGACUCCCUGAAUCCAACAUGGAGAAGCCUGGACUUUGGAUUGAUGCCUGACCGGCUGGAUACGUCUGUGUCCUGCUUCGUCGUCAGGAUAUGGGGGGGCAAGGAUGAUGAUUAUCGUCUGUUAAUCGAAUGGGAAGUAAAUCUGGAUGGACUCAAGUAUUUGGGCCCUCAGAUACAUGCCUGUAACCCGAAUGAAGUCAUUUUCGGUCUCAACGACGGCUAUUAUGGCGCCUCUUUCGAAAGUAAGGGUAAUACCGAGUCACGCAGGAACAGCCACCUGCAGGUGGAGCAGAAUGCGGUGCGCAACUCCUAUGGAGUCUUCUCUCUGCUGAGGCUUCACCGGGCCCAAUGUGCCAUCAAGCAGACCCAAGUGACUGUUCAGAAAAUCGGUAAGGAGAUCGAGGAGAAAUUGCGCUUAUCUUCAUCGAGCAACAAGCUGAAAAAGGAGAGCGAGUGUUUACGACUGAAAAUCCUGGUGCUUCAGGACGAGCUGGAGAGACAGAAGAAGGCUUUGGGUCGGGAGGUGGAGCAACUCCAUAAGGAACGAAACGCCCUGAAUGCUAAACGUAAUAAAUUUAACUCUCAGCGGGAGAAGCUGCAGAAGAGAAGCGAGUCCCUCAACGAGUUAAGAAAGGAGUGUACGGCGAAGAGGGAGUCGUUCCUGAAGACGAAUGCACAGCUGACCAUCCGCUGCCGGCAACUUCUCUCUGAGCUUUCCUACAUCUAUCCCGUAGAUGCGCUUGAACUAAAAGAUUACUUUAUAUGUGGGGUGAAAUUACCAAAUUCAGAGGAUUUUCAAGCUAAAGAUGAUGGCAGCGUGGCUGUGGCGCUGGGCUACACGGCUCAUCUGGUAUCUAUGAUUUCCUUCUUCCUACAAGCACCACUGCGAUAUCCCAUUCUCCAUAAGGGCUCCAGAUCUGCAAUCAAAGACAAUAUCAACGACAAACUGACGGAGAAGGAGCGAGAGUUUCCGUUAUAUCCAAAAGGAGGUGAGAAGCUUCAGUUUGACUACGGCGUCUACCUUCUCAACAAGAACAUAGCUCAGCUAAGAUACCAACAUUCCCUGGGGACCACAGACUUGCGACAGACUCUCCCCAACCUGAAGACGUUUCUGGAGCAUGGCCUCUUGGUCAGAUGUGACAGACAUCACACUUCAAGUGCAAUUCCCGUUCCAAAGAGGCCGGCCAGCUCCGCGUUUGGAAGUCACGAAUUUGGGUUUUCCAGUCGGACCCCAACACCAGAGAAAGGACCUCGAAAGCGUGCCAGCUCGGAGAACGAAAAAACCCAAUACAGAACGCCUCCCCCCAGCUACAAGAUGGCGGUGGCGGAGCCCAUUGCAAUACUAGUCCCAGCAACUCCGGCCGACAAGGGUCAUCUCAGCUCCUCACUGGACGCCAGCAUCGACGCGUCCAAGGGCAACACUCGCGAGGAUUUUUGCGAGAGCCUUAACGGCGAUAGCAUUGCGAUCACAGAAAGCCACGGGCUCAGCCAGACCGAGCCCUUCUUGGACUCCUGUGCGGUGAACGGAAUUUUUUUGCCGAACGAAAGCAUGGAAUUUGUAAGCGAAGGCGCUCCCUGCGGCGUGCACCCCUCCCUCAGCAACGACCUGCACUGCGCCGUGGAACAGGCCGAGGAGAUUCUUGGCACGGAAGCCUCAGACUUCACCUCAAGGGAUCAGUUUGAAGCGUUUAACAGCAUUCCGGUGGACCGCGCCGUGGCCGUGGAGUGCGACGAUCAAGUCCUGGGAGAGUUUGAGGAAUUCUCCCGUAGAAUUUACGCGCUGAACGAGAACAUGUCUAGUUUCCGCAGACCGCGGAAGAGUUCAGAUAAAUAAACAAGCAACAUCCGCAGAAGAUUUGUCUUUGCACAUCGUUAUCCUUUGUAUCUGGCAACGAAAAGCAUUCAAUUGUUGUGGAUUUCAGCGUAAAUCCAAGUUUCACUGCCGCUGCGUGGGCCACAAUUUACUUAAAAAAAAUAUAUUUUGUGCUAUUUUUUUAUUUUAUUUUAAAGGAGUCGUACAGCACUUGUUUUCUGAAGUAGUGCCGCUCUUGACUUUGAUCUUGUACUUAUGUAAAUGGUGCAGAGCUGCAAUACCAGACACAGCCCAUGGACCAGAGUGGCGCUGUUUCUUAGGAAAAGUUAAACCUGUUGUACAACCCCUUUAGAGGCCAUGUAUUGUCUUCACAGCCAUUUUUUUUUUUAUAUUCUUCAGUCUUUCUAAAAUGAGAAAUGAGGCCGAUUUUUCAAAAUAGUCUGUUAAAAAUUUCCAAUCGUUUUGUGUAUGCAGCUCCUUUGCAGACCUGUGUGUCUCCAUGGUAACAGACAGCAAACAAACCCUGUGUAGUCUGAUCCUGCAGUCCUUUUCCCUUCCAUCCGGUCCCUGCCUCUUGUUACUAUACAUUUGGUAUGACGAGUGGAGUAGCACUUGACUGCAGGAUCAGACUACACAGGUUGUUUGUAGUCUGUAACCAUGGAGACUUAUUGACCUGUUUAUGAACUGUAUACACAACACGGUAGGAGAUUUUUUUUUUUAUUUUAUUUAAUUUUUAACCAAGACUGUUUGCAUAAUUGUUUCUUUUUUUUUUUUUUUUUUAUGUGGAAUCCAUUGAAGACAUUUAAAAAAAUAAAAAAUGGUUGUGAAUGUGGACAUCCCCUUUAAGUUUGGCCGUGCUUCAUCCAUGUAGCCGACUGAGGGUAGCUGACUCUGUGCAUGGCCUUUGCUGUAUCCUGAUCUGGACCAUAAAUUUAUAGGAGGAAAUGUUUUUUAAUUAUUUUUUUUUUUUGUUACCCAAACUUUAUCGAUUUGAUUUAAUCUCCUCCUCACCACCCGCCUUAGGACUAGUCACAUCUGCAUGCAUGUUCAUGCAGAUUUUUUAUAUUUUUUUUGUACCAUAUUUAGCAUGUAGCUAGAAAUUUGUAAGCCGUGAAUUAUCAGGAAUUAUUAUAGUGAGGUUUUUUUUCCAGCAUAUGUUUUUUGCUUCUACACCUACAAUAAAAAUCACAGGUAAUUGAAGUCACUGUGGGAACGCUGGGUGACAACCAGUAUGGCUGGCCUUUGCUAUUCCGGAGUCCAGUAAGCUGAGUAACAGCCUUGUGGGUAAGCAGCAAUUGGCAGCCAUGUUGAUUGUCAUCCAGCUUUUCCAGAAUUGAAUGUAAGUAUAUGAAGGACUUGUAUGCUCAAACUUUUUUCCUCCCUUCUGAAUUUAACGGGGUGUGCCCCUUUACAAGUAAGAUCCGCCUUAUUGUAAUGUAUCUAAAAUGAAAAGUAAAGAAUCUUGAUUAGGGACGAGCGAACUUGUGUUUCAAGUUCGGCGUAUAAGGUUCGGGUUCUCUAAGAAUUCCGUUAUAGAUUCCGCUACCACGGACCAUAAGUUAUAGUGGAAUCCCUAACAGAAUUCUUUGAUAACCCGAACCUUGCACGCCGAACUUGAACCACAAGUUAGCUCGUCCCUAAUCUUGAUUGAAACUGGUCUACUCAUCUGUGUCUACAGCUCCUGUGCUGAUCUAUGUGUCUCCAUGGUUACAGACUACAAACACAUCCUGUGUAGUCACCUCCUGAAGUCACAUUGCCGUCCUUCUGCCCCCUAGCAAAUAUAUCUUAGUAAGAAGUAAAGGAAAGUUGUGACUGCGGGAUCAGACUACGUAAGAUUUGUUUGUAGUCUGUCACCAUGGAGACACAUCCCUGCACAGGAGCUCCUAAAACAGUAGGGUAUUUUUAAUCAAACUAUUUACAAAGUUGCUUCAUUUUUCAUUUUGGAUCCAUUGGAGCAUUGUGAAGGUGGACUGUCUCUUUAAGUAAUAACCUAUGAUCUUUUCUGGAAGUGCUGGGUGUCACUUCGUGGUAUAUGAAAUUUACUUCUGCAGAAGGUUCAUUUUUAUUUAAAUUCAUGGAUUGACAUGUAAGGCAUUUUUUUUUUCCUCUCCAGUUGAAUAUUUUGCUGCACAGUAUUAAUAUGUAUACGGCAAAUUAAUUUAUGUUAAUGGGAAAUAUUCUCGGUUUAUAAGCGGGGGUUUAUUUUCCUAUAAAUAUUCAGUAAAGCAUACAUCAUUCUGCGUA